AUGACCUUGUGUCAGACUUUAAUAAAUUCUCAAAUUGUUUUUCUCCUUUUUCACGCUCUCUUUUAUCAACGUUCAUUCUACUACAUUUUUUUUAAUUCUCCCUCGGUUUCCUUUUUCUAUUUUAUACUUCUCUCUGUUCUCUCUCUCUCUCUCUCUCUCUCUCUCUCUCUCUCUCUCUCUUUCACUGGCUUCCUUCUGAUUGAACCUACCAGUCCCCAGACAGUGGAGAUUUCUAUUUCCACUUUGGUUCUAUCUAUCUAUCUAUCUCAGUCUGUUCAUGACUAUCUAUGUAUCUAUCUCAGUUUGUUCAUAUCUAUCUCAAUCUGUUCAUAUCUAUCUAUCAGUUUGUACAUACCUAUAUAUCCAUCUAUCUCAGUCUAUUCAUAUCUGUAUAUUCAUCUAUCUCAGACUGUUCAUAUCUAUCACAGCCUGUUCAUAUCUAUCUAUCUAUCUAUCUAUCUCAUUCUAUUAAUAUGUAUUUAUCUAUACAUCUAUCUAUCUACCUAA